AUGGGGAAUGGUAUAGGAUACAGAGCUUAUGGUGCUGGUAAUCAGGAGGUAAACCUAUCUGCCGAAAACUAUGUGCAGAUUCGUACUGACGAUGGAGUCUUUCACAUAAGUCAAUCAGAAUCACAUGGUCGUGGAAGUAUUACCAUUCGUGGCCGAGGAUCUAUCUUCGUGCGCGGUCGUGGAAGAACCUAUGGUAUUUGGAGCACCCAUGUCCGUAGUGGAUAUAUUAGCUUUGAAAGAAGCGGUGGAGAUGGUUUUCAGAGCGCUAGGAUCUCGGCAGCAGCUUCACAUUUUGGUGAGCUUUUAGCAUCGGUACGAAUGGUUGAGGAUGCAGCGUCCAAUCAGCAACAGGAAGAUGUUGCUCCGGAUCCGGAAGUAAACCGUGUGGAGGAUUUGGAAUUGUCAUCAGACGAAGCUGAUUUCGAUGAUGCCCUCGGAACUCCUUAAAAUUCACGAUCUGUCACCCGAAAAUAUCGCAUUGUA